CAGGCGGAGCAAAUCAAUACCCAGAACUCAAAGUUAAAUUUGUAAAGUUGGAAUUAUAUUACUAUAUUAAGAGUUUUGGAAAUAAGUUGCUGUGAUGUUUUAAUGGCUGCUAUUCCAUCCUCGCAGCCUUUUAGCAGUCCUCAAAUGCAGCAUUUUGGAUAUCAAGGUGUUGAAGGAGCAACGGCGAACCCUCUGGAAGGGGAUUCUGUAGCUACCCUUUUGAUUCGGCAUCUUCCUGAGGCCAUUCCUCCCGAAACCCUUUUGCGGCUUUUCUCUCACUACGGUGCAUCCUCUGUUCGUCCUUGCUCUAGUGUAAAGUUAAGAAACUGUGCAUUUGUGGAUUUCAAAAAUGAAGCAUUGGCUUCUCAAGCACACCGUCAAUUAAACGGCCUGAGGUUUCUUGGUAAAGUCUUGUUAGUGGAGAGAGCUAGUAAGCCAACCGAACAUAAUAAACCUCAGCAAACUGGAGUUCAGCUUGGAAAGGAUUUUUCACAACCUGCAUCUUUCCUGAAAGAUGCCAACUCGACUAGAGACCCCAAUCUUGGUUCAAGAUUGGGAUCAACACCUUCUAGUGAACCCAUUGCUCCUAGACUCGGUAUAGACUAUCCAUUUCCUCCUCACCUUGAAUAUGCCUACCCUCCACCUGAUGGAAAUAUUUUGACCAAUAUUGUUAAUGCUCUUAUUGCCGUUCCUCGCUUCUAUACCCAGGUGUUGCACCUAAUGAAUAAAAUGAAUAUUCCUGCUCCAUUUCGUAUGGCUUUGCCCACACCGCCUCUGCCACCUCCAGUACCUGCACCGCAGCCACCACCCCCACCUCCCGCUUCAUCAUCUGAAAAGCCUCAUUUGGAAGAUGCAUCUUCUAGUGAAUCUGAAAUGGAGUCUUCAGAUGAGGAAGCCAAUGACAAAGGAGCUCCAAAAUCUGCAAGGAAGCGUGCAAGGCGAGAAGCUAUCUUGGGCCCUGCAAUUGAUAAAACUGUAGCUCAUGAAGCUGUUGGAGUGAAACCUGCCACCCUGAUCCCAAAAGAAAUCCCGUUGAUAAAGAAGAAGAACCCUUUUCUACAGAUCAAAAUUGCCCCCAAACAGAUUCCUAAUGAGCAGAAAGAUGCUGAUGAUGACCAUAAACAGAUUUCAGAGGAACCUAAUGAUGAGGGUAUAGAUGCCAAACAAUUUGCUACUGCAGAUGAGCUGGAAAAGGGAAAGUUGCCUCCAGAAGAAAUCUUGUCCCUUCCAAUGUUUAAGAACUAUACAGCUGGUAAUCCAGCUUCUGUGCUGUAUAUAAAGAACUUGGCAAAGGAUGCUGUUCCUGAAGAUUUCUACUUUAUCUUUGGAUCAUUAUUUGGAAGUAUUGAUGCUGCUAAAUCCAGUCUUAAUGUGAAGCUAAUGCAGGAGGGAAGGAUGAGGGGUCAAGCUUUUGUGACUUUUCCAUCAGUUGAACUUGCCCAUCAUGCUUUGAACCUUGUAAACGGUUAUGUAUUUAAAGGCAAGCCAAUAAUUGUCCAAUUCGGUCGGAAUCCUGCUGCUGCAAAAACAAAUUAAAUUGAUAUGAGGCGACAGAGCAAGCUCCAUAUAUCCACUGUGUUAAGAGGCUGCAGUAAGCAAAGAUGUUUGCUAGGGUUUUUGAAAUGACUCUCAAAGGGAUAUUUACUUGGCUGGCCUUGAAGGUCCACACAAAAGGUUUCAUGAUUAAUAUCUUCAGUGGUGAAAAGAGAGCAAAGCUGAACAGGGUCUUGCCAACUUGCUGCUACAGAGCUUAUGGUAAACCUUCAUCAUUCCUAAGGUCUAAUGUAAGUGAAGCCGUUGCAUUACCCUUGUGGUUUUUCUCCGUCAACCAUAAACUGGGCACAAGCAUGCUGGUGAUUGAUUGGAAAUAGAAAUUUUUAGGCUUGGUACUCUUGAUUGUUUUGAGUUUUGUAAUCAC